CGCAGUGAGCAGCCUCGCAUGCGCGUCAGCGUGACGUCAGCAUCGUCCCCCACCUGUCUUCCUCUCUACUCCUCCUCUGUCUAUGACGCGUGGGCACCACUCACCAUCUCCUACCUCUAUCCGAUCUCCUGCUCGCGUACGCCACCGCUCCGUGCGUAUCUCACAGCCGCGCCCGAUCUCUCCGAUCCCCACGUGGUUCUCAUGCGUCUGCACCACCUCGGGACCCCCAAGCUCUCCUCUUCCGAUUCGCUGCCUCGCCUCGCGGGACAGAGCUCGAAAUUGAGCGCAGCGACCCCGGUGAGCUCCGCCAUCCUAAGCAGCGCCGACGUGAAAUUCUCCCGCCUCGAUUUUAUACGACGAGUGAGUGAUACGAUGUAGGGUUACAAUGUCUAUACUCGACAUUUGUGUGUGGUGUUGAUGGACUUUAUGGAGAUUUUAUUUGCUUUUCUACUAAAUUUUGUUUGUAUGCUAGCUUGAGCUAUGCAGGUAUGUAUUAUAUUAAAUUCUGGAUCUACGAUGUAAUAUUAUGACAUGUGGUUUAUUCUUGAUAUUACAUCU